CAGACCCAAAGAAAGAACAUGCCCCCUCAGCCCCAAAGAAAGUAUCUGCCCCCCAGAUCCAAAGAAAGAGCCUGGUCCCCCAGCCCCAAAGAAAGAGCCUGGUCCCCAUGACCCAAAGAAAGAGCCUGUUCCCCAAGAACCAAAGAAAGAACCUGCCCCCCCAGACUCAAAGAAAGAACCUGCUCCCCCAGACUCAAAGAAAGAAGAAUCUGCCCCCCCAGACCCAAAGAAAGAAUCUGCCCCCCCAGACCCAAAGAUGAAACCUGACCCCCCAGAACUAAAGAAAGAAUCUGUCUCCCCAGACCCAAAGACAGAAACUGCUCCCCCAGACCCAAAGAAAGAAACUGCCCCCCCAGACCCAAAGAAAAAGCCUAGUCCCCAAGAACCAAAGAAAGAAUCUGUCCCCCCAGAUCCAAAGAAGAAACCUUCCCCCCCAGACCCAAAGAAAGAAGAACCUGCCCCCCCAGACCCAAAGAAAGAAGAACCUGCCCCCCCAGACCCAAAGAAAGAAUCUGCCCCCCCAGAACCAAAGAAAGAAUCUGCCCCCUCAGACCCAAAGAAAGAGCCUGGCCCCCCAGAACCAAAGAAAGAAUCUGGCCCUAUAGACCCAAAGAAAGACUCUGGCCCUAUAGACCCAAAGAAAGACUCUGGCCCUAUAGACCCAAAGAAAGACUCUGGCCCUAUAGACCCAAAGAAAGAAUCUGGCCCACUCACCAUGAAGAAAGGUGCCAAAGCCCCUGCCCCAGAGAAAGGGAAAGGUGGCCUGGCCCAACCCUCAGCUAGCAGCCAGGGGCCUUAAGGGGAAGCGACUUGGGCAGUGUUGGGCAGGCAGGAGCCCUGCUCAAGCAAGACCAGCCUCUUAAGUCUAAAUGUCAAAGAAGCCCAGCGGCGAGGGUCUAUCAUGAUUCUCUGUGCUAUCAAGGGUCCUGGAGACGGCCCAUGGAGCGAAAAGAACGUCAAUAGAGAUCCAAGCAGCGUUCAGAGAGGUGCUCUCCGGCCUAUUCUGUAUUGCCCCAGCUGCCCUGCUGCCAUCUCCAGCCCGGAGAAGCCGCUGGCUGAGAAGCCCCCAAAUGAGGCAUUGGAGCUCAUCUUUGAAGGGGUGCCCGUGACCCCCAGCCCCACAGAUCCCGUGCCAGCCAAAGCAGCAGCAGGAGGGGAAAACAUCCCGCGCGGCAGCCAGAAGGAAGCAGGAGAGAAGGCUUCAGGCCAGGCUGGCCCGGCUGAGGUGGAAGGGGACACCUCCAGGGGGAUCGAGUUCCAGGCUGUGCCCCCGGAGAGAUCGGAGGCGGGGCAGCCCCUCUGUCUCACAGCCAGGGAGGAGGACUGCUUCCAGAUUUUGGGUGGGGAGCUGGAGGCUCAGCAAAAGGAAAUGGAACGAGUCCCCCAAAUCCACAGCGAGGACAGGACCUGCACCUCUCAGGGCGUCCUCACAUGGGCACAGAGCACAGGCCCCCUCCGGCCCUUGGGCCCUGAAACCCCGUCACUCCCCAGCCUCGUCUCUCUCCAGCGGGCAAGUUUUGGAGCGGUCUGUACCUGCACAGAGAAAGCCACCGGCCUCAAGUUGGCAGCCAAGGUCAUCAAGAAACAGACACCCAAAGACAAGGUAGUGGGGGUGGGGGCUUGGUUAUGCGAGAGGCGGGAUCUUUGGAGUGUGGGGCCUCUCACCUCCCUCUACCCAUGUGUCUGUCCAGAUGGACAGAUAGACAGCCCUCCCACUGGGGCCUGAUGACCCUAAACGGAAACCAGACGCCUCAGUUAGUGAACGUGUCCCGGGACUUCCCAUUCUAGGCACGGGAUAUUCAUGCCCUCUGUGUUGUUCACUUCAACAGCACUGAUAAGUGCAGGCUCUGGGCCCAGGCCUGUGCUGAGCUCUGGGCGUCUGGA